GGGAAGGUGAGGACACGAGGAGGGAGGAUGGGGAAAAGGCAAAUGAAGAAGAAGAAGCUCAGACAGACGCUUGAGAAAGAGGAAGGUGAUGAAGAGGAAGAGGAAAUCCUUCAUCAUGUUUAGAAUAAUAUUCUCAUUUGCUCCUAAAAGUCAUCAAAUCUCACCUUUUUGUCUCCUGUUUGGCGGCGUUUGCGCUAACGUGCUAACAGUUGUUAGCGGCUGACCCAAUACUUGUGACCAUCUUUGCUGGAGGGUCACAUGACCUCAGUCAAAUCCUCUUCCCGCCUGCAGGUGGAGCCCAUGUUCACUCCCACGGCGGCCCCUGCUCCGGGCCCCCCGCCGCCCCCGGCCGCCGCCUCCCUCCGCCCUCCGACGCCGCCCUCCUGUCACCGAGCCAAGCCAAAGACCAGGUCCGUGGGCACCAACACGCAGGACGCCGGCGCCACCUCCGGGCCGGACAGGGACUCGGACUCCACGGGCCCCUGUCAACCUGGGACCAGCGUCAACCUGGAGGGCAUCGUGUGGCACGAGACGGAAGAAGGUGUGUUGGUGGUCAACGUGACGUGGAGGAAGAGGACCUACGUGGGAACGCUGCUGGACUGCACCAAACAUGACUGGGCUCCUCCCAGGUUUUGUGAGUCUCCAUCCAGCGAUCCAGAGAUGCCAGGUGGGCGUGGCCGUGGGAAAAGGAUGCGGCUUGCAAUGGCGGAGCGUCCCUGCGUCGAGGUCGCCCCUGCGGUAAAGGUCCGGGGUCUUCCGCAGCACCGUAGCCGGGGUGGCGGCAUGGCAGCCUCACCCGUCCACAGCAAGGGUCGUCGGGGCAGCUUGAAGCUCAUCAGCAACUGUCGGACUUCUCCGUCUUUCUUUACCAUGGAGGACGGUACUGCUAACGGCGCCGCCGUCCUGCCGUCUGGAAAGAGAAAGAUCAAGUUGCCGGCUGAUCUGGACCUCAGUUUGGUUUCCUCGGACAACAUUACGAAUGGGAAUGGGAAGAGGAUUCGAGCCAAGUCCCGCAGCGCCCCCUCCACACCUCAAGGCAAGUCCGACCCCUCGUUCAUGGACCCGGGGAGAGGUUGCAGCUCCUCGCCGCCUCCACCACCCAUUCUCAUCGACUGCCCCCACCCCAACUGCACUAAACGCUACAAGCACAUCAACGGGCUGCGCUACCACCAGACGCACGCUCACCUGGAAGCGGAGGAGCAGAGGAAGCCGGAUCGGGAACACGUGAAGGACGGUGAGAGUGAGGAAAGAUUGUCAGACUGUGAGGAAUCCGUCAGUCACAUGACCUACGACCCCUCGGAAGCAAACAACAGCCUGACUAAAAAAGCGGAGCCCUUAUACAAGGUGACCACUGUGGGUUCACCCAAGAAUAGACGGCUGCUCCUCAGUGCGGACCACAGUUCUCCUUUUAUCUCCAAAACCAGGAGAAGCUCACUGCUAAAGGACGGGCUGAUUGACGACCUCAGCAACCUGCCCAUCAUCUCCAACAUGACAGUCGUACUGGAGAACUGCAUGGUUGCAGACAGGAGCUCUGCAAUAGAGAUGCCCAAGCUGGAAGCUGAAGGUCUGAUUGACAAGAAGGUUCUUUGUGACAAGAGCAAAAAAGCCAAUGGGAAGGUGGACAAGUUGUCCAAGUCUCGCACCAACCGGCCAAUCGCCCCAGCACCCGCUCCUCCCAAGUUAAUCGCUAUACCCAAUGCGUCGUAUCCUGGGGUCCCUGCAGAUUCUGCUACCUCCCAGCAGCCUUCAACCAUUGCAGAAGUGGUUCUGAGCAGUAAGAAUGUGUCCCUGAAGGCCAUCAAACCAAAGCUCAGCAUCGUCGUGGAGCCCAGCCUGGUCAAAGACAGGCUGCUUGGCUGCAAAGAAACCAGGAAGAAGGAGAAGAGGAGGCUGAAGGACAAACACAGCAGGGAUGCACCCACGAGAUUGCCUCAUGGCGAUGACAGCGGGAUCAAAAUAGAAGACGGCACCACCAAAAUAAGUGCAAAGGAGAUCUGUGGGAGCCUCCUGAAAGAGCACCUGAGCAAGCAGGAAGUGAUGAACGGCUUCAGCGAGAGUCAGGAGAGCAGGAUGGCAAGCAUCCGUGCUGAGGCCGACAAGGUGUACACCUUCACCGACAACGCUCCCAGUCCGUCCAUCGGCUGUUCAUCGCGGCUGGAUGCCGGCGGAAGUUGUCUGCCGACGUCCGACAGCAAGACCAACAGCCCCGCCUACUCGGACAUCUCUGAUGCCGGUGAGGAUGGCGUGUCCUCUGAAAGUCGCUUGGAUGCAAUCAGAUCCAAGUCUGUUUCUUCUGCUGAGCUCAACGCUAACAGUAACCAUAGCAACGCCAGAAGGACACCCCCUGCAGGACCGGGCCUUUCCUUGAAAGAGCCCCAGUCCCCAUACUACCACAGCUUUGAGCCUUACUUCCUGCCGGGUUACGUCCAGGCCGACAGGCAUAACACUGUUGGCGCCUUCCACAAAGGUUCCUCUCACGAUGCUAAAAGUAAAGAGGAUAGAAAAGAGGAGGACAAUGGCUCCCCCCGUGACUUUGCUGACUGUAAAACAGGUGAAGAGUCAGCUCCGUCUCAGCUCCAGCUGGCCAUGAGUCAGACGCAGACCGCCUUGGCCCAAUCUCUGUACUAUGGACAGUACUCGCGAGGACUUUACAUGGACCAGAAACUCUUACUGGCCUCUAAAUGCUGUGAGCAGAAGAGGGGACAUGGGGGACGAGAGGGCGAGGAUGUCAAACAUCUGGGUGGGACCUCGUCCAGUGGAGGAAAAGGUCCAGAAGGGGCAAAAGGGUGCUGUCCAAAAGCCAUCCUGUCUUAUUUGGAGGUGAAUGAGCGGGGAGAAAGGGGUCUGGGCAUCAAGGUGGUCUCAACCAAAGACUGUGAUGACAUCCAUUCAGCGUCCACCUUGUCCCAACAUAACCCCAACAGUCACAGUGAGCUGGACUCAAACCUUUCCUACUCCAGUCCCCCAGACGGCCCGACGUGGGCUCAGCCCAUGGUUCACAGCAAAUAUUCGGAGCUGCAGAAUCCACUUGGAGAGGCAGCCAAUGAAGGGGACGCGGAAAGGUCCAAAGAAAGAGGGACCACCGUGGAAACUGCUGGGCCCAAGUCUCCCAUGGCGAGAGGAGGCUGCGGCGGCCAUGAUGCUAGAAAACCCAUAGUCCGUGGAUCGCAGGAUGUGACACUCGUCGACUCAGAGGACUCGGAUGGCCUAGACGAGCUGCAGGAGCCGGUGGGGGCCCUGUUGGGGGAGUCCCAGAGUGCCCGGGUGGCGAUCUCUCCUCCCAUGACCCCCCAGCAGCCCUACAUGCAGUACCAGCACUCAUCCUACCCGCCCUACUUGGCCAUGUGUGAGAGCGACGAGGGCUCCUACCGAGGGGUGUCUCCCACCCUGGUCCAAAAUUACACUGGUUUCUCCUACCCUCUGUACGGUAAGACGGCGGGCAGAGAGGAGUCAGAGGUGACUCUGCCUUGCAGAGGAGGCGUGGUCAGUGGCAAACAGGGCAGAGACUCAUCCUCGUCUUCCACCAUGGAGAUGCUGAAGCAAUGCCACCAGUUUCACGGGAAGUCGCCCGCUGCUGGUGAAAAAUGUUCCUCUGAGGUGGAACAUGAGAUGGACCGCGAGAGGAGCCGUGUGUCGUUGGGUCGCCACCUGCACACACACCAUCACACACACCUCGGCGUCAGCUACAACCUGGUGUCUGGACAGUACGACAUUUACCCAGGUCUGAGCUCCAGGUCGCUGGUGUCGGGUCAGCAGGCGUCAGGACGCUCCUCAGCUGACAGCGACGUGAAGAAGUAGGACCAUGACCUGACCACGUGCAGGUUCCAUGGUGUGAAAGAAGUAGGACCGUGACUUGACCACAUGCAGGUUCCAUGCUGUGAAAGAAGUAGGACCAUGACCUGAUCAUGUGCAGGUUCCAUGGUGUGAAAGAAGUAGGACCAUGACCUGACCACGUGCAGGUUCUAUGGUGUGAAAGAAGUAGGACCAUGACUUGACCAUGUGCAGGUUCCAUGGUGUGAAAGAAGUAGGACCAUGACCUGACCACGUGCAGGUUCCAUGGUGUGAAAGAAGUAGGACCAUGACUUGACCAUGUGCAGGUUCCAUGGUGUGAAAGAAGUAGGACCAUGACCUGACCAUGUGCAGGUUUCAUGGUGUGAAAGAAGUAGGACCAUGACCUGACCACGGGCAGGUUCCAUGGUGUGAAAGAAGUAGGACCAUGACCUGACCACGGGCAGGUUCCAUGGUGUGAAAGAAGUAGGACCAUGACCUGACCACGUGCAGGUUCCAUGGUGUCAACUGCACCUCGCUGAAAGGCAGAGGACAAAAACAACUGUCAGUAGCGCCACCUACAGUGCGUGGUCGCUACACGCUUAGGACAUGAAGUGGAGGAGGAGUCAGUGUACAAAGGAGUGAAACAUGUUGUGAUGUUUCCAGAAGGUUCUGACUGAAUGUAGUAAAGAUGACUCACAUUAUUCUGUGGUCCACUAACUUUGUAAUGUUGUAUGGUCUUUGUGUCAGCGUAAUAACUCGGGCUGUCAAUCUAACGAGCCCAUUCCAAUUCCUGGGGCGGUGAUUCCAUUCUUGAUUCAACACAAUUCUCCAUUCAAACCCAUUCUCCCAAGAUAUUAUUUGGUAUAAUAAUUAGAAUUAAACUUUUACAAAACAGGUUACAGGUUAGAAAAGCUCCUUCUGGUUGCACGGAGAUAGACUAAAAAGGUAUUUUAAAAACGUUUAUUAAAAAAAAAAUAUAUAUAUAUAUAUAUAUAUAUAUAUAUAUAUAUAUAUAUAUAUAUAUAUAUAUAUAUACAGUAUAUAUAUAUAUUAGUUAUUUAUUUAUUAAAAAAGGUUUAAUCGAUUGUUGAAAAAUUGUGAAAAUUUGAUUCAGAAUUGAUUCUUUAUUCAACACAAUUAUCAAUUCAAACCGAUUCUCGCGCUUUAUUAUUUGGUGAUAUUUUACGUGGGGAUGGCCUAAAGACAACUCUUUUAAAAUUGUUUCUCAUUAAAAAAUUAUAAAAUUACAACAUAUUUAUAAUUUUUUUCUAUAUUUUUAAAACUUUUGAAAAUUUGGACCAGAAUCGAUUGUCGAUUCAAACCAGUUUUCGCAAAUCCAUUUUUGAAAAGGAUCAAUCACUUUAGAACCGGGAUGAAUAAGAAUUGCGAUUGGGACAUGAAUGGAUGAUUGAGUGCAGCCCGUCUCAAGCUGCUGUAAAUACUGUCUGCUCAUUGGCCACACACAGUUGGUCGGAAUGUUCCCACUUCAACCAAAUCACACAACUUGAAAGAAUAUUUCAAUGAUAUUUGUCACUUAAGACAAGGUGUAAAUAAUCGUCUCCAUGUAUUGGCUUGGUCCAUUUUCCAAGGAGGAGUUUACAAUAUUUGCAACAGUCUGGAAUGCAGCAUUGGUUGUCUUCUUCAUUGGUGAACAAUGGCAGGCCUGAAAGUGAGUCACGCGUGCUCUGGUCCAGAUUUUUCAGCUGAGAGGGUUCUCAUUGCACACGCUUGUACGCUGGGCCCAAUAUUUCUACAUUUCAUGAAACAACAUACUUGCCAACCUUGAGACCUCCACAUUCGGGAGA